AUGAGUCUGAAUGAAAGAUAUAUGGGACGAUAUUGCAAGGUAUCAAUCAUAUUUGAGGGAUUCUUAAUGUGCAAAGGAGCAUCAAAGUCAAGUUGGUGUCUACCAAAAUCGUCACACAAAUGGGAGACAUAUUGGUGUGCCAUAUAUCCUGGUUUCAUAUACCUUUGGCCUGGUCACAAACCAAAAACUUUGACGAAUCGAAUAGCACUGAAAUUGAACCAGUCUAUGAGUGUUCAAGUAAGUCCAUUUGUUUAUUCGUUUAUUUUCGAAUUGUUCAGUUCAGUUUUAUCGGAUAUGAAGCUAGCGAUUCAAUAUCAAACAAAAGAGGACUUGAAACGUUACGAUCAGAAAUGCUCGAAAAAAUCCGAAAAAUUAAUAGCAACCGAAAAAAAUCUAACUUGGAGGCUGGCGUUAGAAAGCGAAAAUGCUCGGCUAAUGCAGCUGUUGGAUGAUGAAAGGCGAGCGUUACAUGAUGAAGAAACUGUUAGAGCCCUGGCGACCAGGUUCGUUGUCUCAAUGCUUGAUGAAGAACGCGACAGACGAGAGCAGUUGGAGGAACGAGUGAGGGUUCUGGAGAACAUGGUAAACGAACAAUCUAGCCAACGACGAGAAACAAUUUCUUCGAUGGACAAGUAUCGAUCUGAUUGUUUCCCAGUUGAAUUCAUCAAAACUUAG